AUGUCUUUUUUAAACAAAUUAGCAUCCGAAAUUCAUACACCAAGCCAUAUUAGCACGACACCAAUGGAGAAAUUUGGUUUUGCUAGUAAAUUACCAUCAUUUGGUAAAAUAACUCAUUCACAAGCGACACCACCACCACUAGACACUUCAGAUAUUGAUAAAAGGCCUCGUACUUUAGUAGUUUUCAAUUGUCCAAAUAAUACAUACGCUCUAGCAAAUGUCGUAGCUGUUAAUCCAAAUGAUUUCCCAGAUAAUAUUUACAUAAGUAUUGAUAAUUUAUUUGUUUAUACCACCAAAUGUUCAAAUGAAAUUCAGCCUGGAACAAUUGGGUUGAAUGGUAACCAACGUACCUGGGGUGGAUGGUCUUUAAAUCAAGCAAUCGAGGGUAAAGCAUUUGAUUUAUUCCAAUAUUCACAUGGCAAACCUUCUUAUUUAGGUGUUUUAGAUAUUGAAAUUUCAUUUAGGUCCAGAGGCAAAGCAGUGCCAACACCAUUUGAUCAAGAUGAAUUGGCCAAGCAUUUUGCCAAUUGUUUUGAAUCGCAGAUUUUCUCUCCAACUCAGUAUUUAAUAAUGGAAUAUAAGGGACAUAUAUUUGAUUUAAAAAUUAGAAGUUUGCAAAAUGUCGAUUUAGGAGAUGUUGCUAUUUCAUCACCUGUAUCUACUGGGAUUGAAGCCAAGGGCAUACUAAUUAAACAAACACAAAUUAAUUUUUACAAGGGCAGGGAUGGCCUGGUUAAUUUAAAAUCGUCCGGUAAUAGCUUACGCCCAAGGUCUGAUGCAGUUAUCAGACCUGAUUUCAAGUUUGAAGAUUUGGGUGUUGGUGGGUUAGAUAAAGAAUUUACUCAAAUUUUUAGAAGAGCAUUUGCAAGUAGAAUCUUUCCGCCAGAGGUUAUCAAUAAGUUAGGGAUUACUCAUGUUAAAGGUUUACUUUUGUAUGGUCCACCAGGUACCGGUAAAACGUUAAUUGCAAGAAAAAUUGGUAAAAUGUUGAACGCAAAAGAACCUAAGAUCGUCAAUGGUCCUGAAAUCUUAAGUAAAUAUGUUGGUUCCUCAGAAGAAAAUAUCCGUAAUUUGUUCAAGGAUGCUGAACAAGAAUACAAGGCCAAGGGCGAUGAGUCUUCUUUGCAUAUUAUCAUUUUUGAUGAAUUGGAUUCUAUUUUCAAGCAAAGAGGUUCUAGAGGAGAUGGGACCGGUGUUGGUGACAAUGUAGUGAAUCAAUUGUUAGCUAAAAUGGAUGGUGUUGAUCAAUUGAACAAUAUUUUGGUCAUUGGUAUGACUAACCGUAAGGAUUUGAUUGAUAGUGCUUUGCUAAGACCUGGUAGAUUUGAAGUCCAGGUGGAAAUAAAAUUGCCUGACGAGCAAGGUAGAUAUCAAAUUUUUGAAAUUCAAACUAAAAAAAUGAGAGAAAACAAUAUGAUGGACAAAGAUGUUGAUUUACAUGAACUAGCUGCGUUAACAAAGAACUUUUCAGGUGCUGAAAUUGAAGGUUUAGUUAAAAGUGCUAGUUCUUUUGCCAUUAAUAAGACCAUCAAUAUCGGUAAGGGGAAUACAAAAUUGAAUCCUAAAGAUAUCGCAAAUUUGAAAGUGAAUAGAAAAGACUUUAUGAAUGCACUAAGUGAAGUCACUCCAGCGUUUGGUGUAAGCGAAGAAGAUUUGAAGACUUGUAUGGAAGGUGGUAUAAUUAGAUAUUCUCCCAAAGUUGAAGAGCUUUUGAAAAAUGGUGCUAGGUAUGUUCGUCAAGUACAGAAUAGUGAUAAAUCAAGAUUAAUCUCCUUGCUAUUCCAUGGUCCAGCAGGAUCAGGUAAAACUGCUUUAUCUGCAGCAAUUGCAUUAAAUUCACAGUUCCCAUUUAUCAGAAUGAUUUCUGCAGAUGAAAUUACAGGUAUGAGUGAAGCUGCCAAGAUCACUUUUAUUGAUAAUUCUUUUAGAGAUGCGUAUAAAUCACCACUAAAUAUAUUAGUGAUUGACUCAAUAGAAACGUUAGUUGACUGGGUUCCCAUUGGACCCAGAUUUUCCAACAACAUUUUACAGGUAUUGAAAGUUUAUUUGAAAAGAAAGCCGCCCAAGGACCGUCGUUUGCUAAUUAUCUCCACAACAUCUACCUACUCUGUUCUAAAACAAAUGGAUAUUUUAAGCUGUUUUGAUAAUGAGAUUGCUGUGCCAAACAUUACUAAUAUGGAAGAGUUGAAUAAUAUUAUGCAACAGACUGAGUUUUUAGAUGAGGAAAACAGGGUUAAAGUGAUUAACCAAUUGGCCAACAUUGUUCCCCAACUAAACAUUGGUAUUAAGAAAGUUUUGACCAAUAUAGAAACAGCUAAGCACGAUGAGGAUCCAGUUAACGAAUUAGUAGAUUUGAUGACUAAUUUUAGUACUUGA